CAUUACACCUUAUAAGCAAUCUGAGACUAUGGGUGACAUUUCCAUGGAUCCUUUAUGUGAAAUACUCCAGCAAAUGGACUGCCAUUUUACAUGGACAUUGCUGAAGGAAGACAUUGUUCCUGAUGAAUUAGAGGGAAGAAUUGCUGACCAGAUUAAGUUUUUAGCGGGCAGAGUUCAACAUUAUAACCUGCUGGCCUAUGUGAAGUACUUGAAUGGCAAGAAGGAAGAGGCUCUGGAAAAUUUACAGAGGGCUGAAGAGGCUGUUAAAACAGAGUACCCAGAAGAAGUUGAAAAGGCAAGCCUUGUUACAUGGGGCAACUAUGCAUGGGUGUAUUACCGCAUGGGCAAACUUACAGAAGCACAAACCUACAUAAACAAGGUGGGAAGUACCUGCAAGGCAAAUGGCAGUGCCUCUCCUUAUAGGAUGGAACUCCCACAGGUGUGCUGUGAAAAGGGGUGGGCACAGAUAAUGUUUGGCCAGAAUUAUACUGCAAAAGCCAAAGAGAGCUUUGCAAAGGCCCUGGAAAAAGAACCCGAAAACCCAGAAUUCAAUUCUGGCUAUGCAAUUUCAGUCUAUCGCCUGGAGAGAGAGUAUGAAAAAAGAUCUGCAACAGAAGGUUCAUCUCUGGAGCUCUUGAAGAAGGCAGCAAAACUGAAUCCGGAUGAUGCCUUUGUUUUGUCAUUCCUUGCAUUGAAGCUGCAGGAAACUAGGAAAGUGGCAGAAGGAGAAGAGCUCAUUGAAAAAUCGCUAGGCAAAUUCCCUGGCAUCCCUUAUGUGCUGAGGUACGCUGCCAUCUUUUACAGGAAAAAAGGUGAUGUGGAAAGAUCCCUGGAGCUUUUGAAGGAGGCAUUGAUCUUGACACCAAACUCAGGCUUCCUACAUCACCAGAUGGGGCUUUGUUACAGAGCACAGUAUUUUAAAAUCAAUGGAUCAAAAGACCCAUAUCAAGACACAGGACAGAUGGCAGAACUGAUCAGACUGUGCAUCUUUCAUUUCAAAGUGGCAGUGGAACGCAAAACCAAAUUUCUUCAUGCUUAUCUGGACCUUGCAAAUAUGUAUGCAGAAGGGAAAGAGCUCCAAAAAGCAGAGGAGACAUUUCAGAAAGCAUAUGCAGUAGGGAAGCUUACUUGUUCAGAAGAACAGCAGCUCCACUUCCAUUAUGGGCACUUCCUGGAAAAUCACAAAAAUUCAGAAUCUGAGGCUGUUGAACUCUAUCUGGCUGGGCUGAGGAUUGAAAAUGAAUCAUUCGAGAGAAAUAAAUGCAAAUGGAAUUUGAAGACGUUAAUAGAAAAGAGAAUGAAGGAAGGUCCUGCAGAUGCUAAGAGUUUGGGAAUCCGUGGAUUCAUUCACCAGCUCGAUGGGGAAAAGCAGCAAGCAAUUGAGUGUUAUGAACAAGCUCUGGAAACAGAUCCUGAGAAUGAAGAGUAUGGCAGUGUUCUCUUGGAGUUGAGGCUUUCUGUACAAAGUGAAAAGUCUUUAUACGAGAUCCUCCAGCAGCUUGAAUGCCAUUUUACUUGGGAAGUGUUGGUGGAGGACAUGGAUCGCAAUGAAUUAGAGGGAAGAAUUGCCACAAAGACUGAGCAUUUACUAUCCAACGUCGGAAUUCAUAAUCUGCUGGCCUAUGUAAAAUACUUGAAUGGCAAGAAGGAAGAGGCUCUGGAAAAUUUACAGAGGGCUGAAGAGGCUGUUAAAACAGAGUACCCAGAAGAAGUUGAAAAGGCAAGCCUUGUUACAUGGGGCAACUAUGCGUGGGUGUACUACCGCACGGGCAAACUUACAGAAGCACAAACCUACAUAAACAAGGUGGGAAGUACCUGCAAGGCAAAUGGAAGUGCCUCUCCUUAUAAGAUGGAACGUCCACAGAUGUACUAUGAAAAGGGUUGGGCGCAGCUAAUGUUUUGCCAGAAUUAUACUGCAAAAGCCAAAGAGAGCUUUGCAAAGGCCCUGGAAAAAGAACCCGAAAACCCAGAAUUCAAUUCUGGCUAUGCAAUUUCAGUCUAUCGCCUGGAGAGAGAGUAUGAAAAAAGAUCUGCAGCAGAAGGUUCAUCUCUGGAGCUCUUGAAGAAGGCAGCAAAACUGAAUCCAAAUGAUGCAUUAGUCUUACCUCUCCUUGCGUUAAAGCUGCAGCAAACUAAUAACACUGAAGAAGGGGGAGAGUAUAUCAAGGAGGCCCUCAAAAAGAACCCAAGCUGUCCUUACGUGCUGAGGCAUGCAGCCAUUUUUUUUAGGAAAAAUGGUGACGUGGAAAGAUCCCUGGAGCUUUUGAAGAAGGCAUUUAGCUUGACACCAAACAAAGCCUCCCUGCAUCACCAGAUAGGGCUUUGCUAUAGAGCAAAGUAUUUUAACAUUAAGGAAGGAUCAAGAGACAGAGAACAGAUGGCAGAAUUGAUCAGGCUCUGCAUUUUUCAUUUCGAACAGGUGGUGGAGCGCAAAACCAGAUUUGUCUAUGCUCACCUGGAUCUUGCAAACAUGUAUGCACAAGGGAAAGAGCUCCAGAAAGCAGAAGAGACUUUUCAGAAAGUGUUUACAAUGAGGAAACUUACUCGUUCAGAGGAACAGCAGCUCCACUUCAAUUAUGGGCGCUUUCAGGAAUACCACAAAAAAUCGGAAUCUGAGGCUGUUGAACACUAUCUGGCCGGGCUGAAAAUUGAAAGCGAAUCAUUUCCGGGAUAUCAAUGCAAGCGUAAUGUGAAAAAGUUAAUACAAAAUAAAAUUGAGAGAGGUACCACAGAUGCUAAAACUUUGGGCAUCCGUGGCUUCAUUCAUCAACUUGAUGAAGAAAAGCAUCAAGCAAUUGAGUGUUAUGAACAAGCCCUGGAAAUGGAUCCUGAUAAUGAAGAAUAUAUCAGUGCUCUUUUGGAGUUGAAGUUUUCUGUACAAAGCUAAACAUUUCAAUAUGUGGUACUUGGUUCCUCCUUCAAGCUAUU